AUGUCAGUCGAGGCCAUACCGACAUCGAAAAGAGCCAACCCUACCAUUAAGCUCGAUGAUGGGACUUUCACCGGAACGACCACAGGCACGAUUGAUAAGUUCCUUGGCAUACCAUUUGCCCAACCUCCAACAGGCGACCUACGCUUCCGACUUCCUCAAAGCGUCGAUGCCUAUACUGGCACCUUUGAUGCCACUGCUAUGGCGCCCUCAUGCCCUCAGCAGGACUUGACCCUGCCUAUAUCUGAUGUUCUGGCUCAGGAAGCAGUCGACGCUUUAUUGAACACGGUUUAUGGGGUCGUUUUCCCGGAUAGCGAAGAUUGCGAGUAUUUUCCCAAAUAUUGCUUGUACAUCAAUGUAGUCAAGCCGUCUAGUGCAGCAAAUGAUUCUGCGCUGCCUGUCGCUGUGUGGAUCUUCGGAGGUGGCUUUGAACUCGGCGGACCAUCUAUGUAUGACGGGACAAGUAUCGUUCAACGUUCCAUUGACCUCGGCGAGCCGGUAGUCUACGUGAGCAUGGCAUACCGUGUCUCCGCUUUCGGGUUCUUGGCCAGUCAGGAAGUGAAAGACGCUGGAGUUGGCAACUUGGGCUUGCAAGAUCAACGUGAGGCACUCCGCUGGGUACAAAAGUAUAUUAGCACCUUCGGGGGCGAUCCUACCAAAGUCACAAUCUGGGGCGAAUCCGCUGGAGCUAUCUCCAUUGCACUACACAUGCUAACAAACGGCGGGGACACAGAAGGUCUCUUCCGCGGCGCCUUCAUGGAAUCGGGCUCCCCUAUCCCCGUAGGUGAUAUCACAGGCGGUCAACCAUAUUACGACGAUCUCGUCGAGAGGACUGGUUGCAGUGGAAGUUCUGACACGUUGGAGUGCCUGAGGGGAGUGGAGUAUCAGACUUUACUGGACGCAGUCAACCAGAGUCCUUCCAUUUUUUCAUAUCAGAGUUUGUCUCUGGCGUGGCUACCAAGGGCAGAUGGGGUCUUUCUGGAAGAUUUACCACAGCAGUUGGUGCUCCAGGGCAGCGUAGCGAAUAUACCCUUUGUUAAUGGCGAUUGUGAUGAUGAAGGAACACUCUUCAGUCUAUCCAAUCUCAAUGUUACCACCGAUGCGGAAGUCACAACUUAUGUCUCCGAGAUCUAUCUCCCCACCGGCACCUCCUCCGAAAUCUCCCAACUCCUCUCGCUGUACCCAUCCGACGCCUCCGAUGGCUCUCCUUUCGACACGAGUGUCUUCAACGCUAUCACACCGGAGUUCAAGAGACUGGCGGCAAUGCAAGGUGAUUUGGUAUUCCAAGCGCCGAGGAGGUUCUUCCAGGGACAGAUGAGCGGAAAGAGCGAUCAGUGGUCGUUUUUGAGUAAGAGAAACAAAGCGAUACCCGUUCUUGGCUCGUUCCAUGCCUCCGACAUCCUUAACGUCUACGGUGGAGGAGAUAUGGCCACCUACCUCGUCAACUUCGUCAACUCUCUGGACCCAAACACAAACUCUGCCGGCGUCGCCACUGGCGGUCUCCUCAACUGGCCCCAAUACAGUAACUCUACACCGACGAUGAUGACCUUCCUCGACGGUCUCAUCCCGAGGGCUUUGAGCGAUGACACGUAUAGGAGUGACGCAAUGACGUUCAUGACAGAGUUAAGCUUGAUGCACCCGAUCUGA